AUGAGACCAGUCGCCAUUGUCCACUCAGGUGUGCUGACAGCGUUGUCGGACGAGCUGCCUGCCAAUGCUCAGCGGAGCUCUCUUGUGAGCUCGAUGAUUGAGUCGUAUGGGCUGCUGAGCCAGUGUAGCAGUACCGUGACGGUACAGCCUGCCUCGCGAGAUCAAUUGAGGCAGUUCCACGGGGACGAGUUUGUCGAUGAGGUGCUGAGACGACGGUGUGAUGGUGCUGGUGAGGGUAGGCGUGAGCAGCUGGUGAGGCUGGGUCUAUCUGAGGACGAGUUUGGACUGCUCUUUGACUGCCCCCUGUUUCCACUGAUGGACCAGUACGUGAGAUACGUCGCAGGCUCCACGAUCUCAGCUGCCAAACACCUUGUCCAUUCCGUCAACGAGUCGAUCGUGAUCAAUUGGCAUGGUGGCAGACACCAUGCGAAGAAGUCCAGGGCUGCUGGCUUUUGCUACGUCAACGACGUGGUUCUGGGGAUCCUGGAGCUGCGUAAGAGGUUCCAGAGGAUCGUCUACAUCGACCUGGACUUACACCACGGUGAUGGCGUGGAGAGUGCGUUCAAGUUCUCAGAUAGCGUGGUGACGAUGAGCAUCCACAGGAAGGACAUUGGCUUCUAUCCAGGAACUGGCGAUUUGGGCGACCAGGGCAUUGGCAGGGGCAAGGGCUACACGUUCAAUGCCCCAAUGAGACACGGGCUGGGAGAUUCGAGCCUCAACGAUGUCGUUGACAAGUGCUUCAUCCCUGUUAUCCACAAGUUCCAGGCUCAGUGCCUGGUGAUCCAAUGUGGUGCCGAUGGCCUGGGAUCAGAUGAACACCAGGAGUGGAAUCUCACCAUAAAGGGACUCGCCAAUGCCGUUGUGAAGCUGCUGGACUUGGAGCUGCCGUCAUUGCUACUUGGAGGUGGUGGAUACAACCACUCUCAGGUGGCCCGAUGUUGGACAUAUAUUACUUCCGUGGCAUUACAGGCCUCUACUGAGUUUGACAUCCUACCGGACUCACUGAUGGCUCAGCUACAGAAGACCCACAGUGAAGAGGAGGAGGAGUACGAGUUUUGGAACGAUAAAGGUCACAAUAUGAUUGACGAGAAUACCCCGGACUAUAUAGAUGUGUUGGCGAAUCAAUUCACAAGCCGAUCAUGGAUGUAA